AGGAGCAGAUGGGGAUUUUUGGCAUGUGCGAAAGACCGUUUUAGCCUUUCCAUUCUUCUAUUUUCUAUCCAUGAAAGAGCCCUAUUUUCCCCCAAUUUUGCCCUAAUCUCUUCGCAGAUUUGAUCCUUCCGGACCUGCAUCGAACAUUCUUCUCGUCACGACAAGCUUUUUCUUCUUUGUUCUCUUUCUUCCUUUCUCUCUGCACUUCUUGCCAAUUGCUUUCCACUGUAUGUUUGGUUGAAUGGUUUGAGAAAGUUGUGGAAGGCGGGGUCUUAUUGAAUAAUGGGCAGUAGUGAGAUGGAUAAGGCAGGGAAGGAGAAGGAGUCAAAGACACCGCCUACUACUACGCAGGAGCAGUCUUCAACCACGAGCGCUGGAACAGUUAAUCCUGAUUGGUCUGGAUUUCAGGCAUAUUCUCCCAUACCUCCACAUGGGUUCUUGGCAUCAAGUCCCCAAGCUCACCCUUACAUGUGGGGAGUUCAGCAUCUAAUGCCUCCAUAUGGUACCCCACCGCAUCCAUAUGUUGCAAUGUAUCCCCCUGGUGGCUUAUAUGCUCAUCCAUCUAUUCCUCCGGGAUCUUAUCCUUUCAGUCCUUUUGCUAUGCCUUCUCCAAAUGGCAUUGCUGAGACCUCUGGAACUACUCCGGGAAGCAUGGAAGCUGAUGGUAAAUCAUCUGAGGGUAAGGAAAAAUUGCCCAUCAAAAGAUCAAAAGGAAGUUUGGGCAGUUUGAAUAUGCUUACAGGCAAGAAUAAUGAACUUGGUAAAACAUCAGGAGCAUCUGCUAAUGGAGUGUAUUCUAAAAGUGCUGAGAGUGCUAGUGAAGGUUCAAGCGAAGGGAGUGAUGCAAAUUCUCAGAGUGACUCACAACUGAAGUCUGGAUGUAGGCAAGAUUCUUUGGAAGCUGAAACAUCUCAGAAUGGCAGCACUUGCCAUGCUCCUCAAAAUGGAGGACCAAAUACACCUCAUGCAAUGGUGAACCAAACAAUGGCCAUCAUGCCAAUAUCAGCACCUGGUGCUCCAGGAGGUGUUCCUGGUCCUACUACAAACUUAAACAUUGGAAUGGAUUACUGGGGUGCUCCAACUUCAUCUACUAUUCCUGCAAUGCGUGGGAAGGUUCCUUCUGCUCCAGUCACAGGAGGAAUUGUUACUGCUGGGUCACGAGACAGUGUUCAAUCACAGCUUUGGUUACAGGAUGAAAGAGAGAUUAAAAGACAGAGAAGAAAGCAGUCGAACCGGGAGUCUGCUCGCCGAUCCAGGUUGCGUAAGCAGGCGGAAUGUGAUGAGCUGGCCCAGCGUGCUGAAGCUUUAAAAGAAGAGAAUGCCUCUCUUAGAUCAGAAGUCAGUCGCAUCAAGAGCGAGUAUGAGCAGCUUCUGUCUGAGAAUGCCUCUCUUAAGGAGAGACUUGGAGAAAUUCCGGGGCAGGACGAUCAUAGAACUGGUGGGAGGAAUGAGCAACACUUGGGUAAUGACACUAAACAAACUGGACAAACUGGGCAAGCAGAGCAUGGGCAGGGUGGUCACUAAGAUUGAGGAACCGCCCUGCAGAUUGCUCUUCCAGGAGCAUAACCUAACAUCCAAUUAGCAACAGGAAGCCCCUAUUUUACAUAGCAUGUAGUUUAAAAUUGGUGGAAGCUGACCUUUUUUAGUUGGAGGAUCUGUCUUAAGCAUAUCAUCCAACCCCCCCCAUCCCAUAUUUUCGUUGUGGCCAAAUCUUCGACAGUGAGAAGACCCAGGAUGGUAUGUAGAGUGUGAAAUCAAUCCCCCUUUUGUACGUGUUACAAAAGGGCCUGUUAUCUAGUUAUCCGUAUUUUGUUUCCUUAAUGCAACUUGUCUGUAUUAAAAUAUGGUUGAUGAAGGUGUAAACUCCGAGAUUAAUAAACUAUACUGGCUGGAAUUCCCUCCUAUGCAAAUAUGUGGCAGACUAUUUUUGUGUUUUGCCAUGUCCUAUGUUAGCAAGAAGAUAAGACACGAACGAUGAAUCAAACGAUUUGGGUUGUAUUAGUGUUGAUGAAUCCACCUGAUUAAGAUCUCA